GUUUCUUAACAUAUAUCUAAAAUACAAAGAUAACCAAUGAAAAAGUAGUACUCGACAAGAUUUUAAACUCAUUUCUUAUGUCUUAAGCAUGGCCUUAAGCUUAAGUUAAAUUUUAAGUCAGUUAUAUUUGAUUAUCAGAAUUGAUAAUCACUGAAUAUAUUGUACUAUUUAUUGUAUACUCUACAUACAUAUGUUGAAACUCCCCAUAAUGUAUUAUAUCUUAUAAUCCAUUAUUUUGUUGGUUGGAAUUUAUAUCAUACAUCAGUUGUAUACAAUUUUGAUUUGUUCAAAUGGAUAGUGGUGAUAUUGAUGCUAAAGUUGAAAUUCAAAAGACUCUGAUAUCUCUUAACGAAAUAACAUUAAAAAUAAAAAAUGAGUUGAACAUAAUUAAUGACCUCGUGAAAAAGGAUGGACAACUUCACACAGCUGUGGUUGAUGCAAAUAAAACAUUAACUGUAGUAGCCCAAGAUAUGGGCAUAAAUGUUAAGAAUAUUUUAAGUAAUGAGAAAAGUGAAAAUGAAUCUCAAUUCAACUUAAGGGAUAUUAUAUCUUCUGCUGCUUUCCAAGAAAAAAUAUUGGCAUGUUUAAAUAAUAUGUGAUCUUUAUUAUUUUUAAUAAACAUUUUGUAUAUUUAUA